AUGACGGCCGAGCGGGAAAAAAAGGCGACCACCCAGAAAGCAGAGAACGAGCUAAAUAUCUGCUCGGGGCCACGCAAACUAGGGCGGAGAAGGCAGACUCGCCAGAUGCACCUUGCGAGCUCGAUGGGGCUGCCUUCCAUGGAGCCAUGGAUGGUGGAUGGUGGAGGGUCAGCCCGACCCAGCUCGGCGGAUGGGUGCAGGUCCACGGCAGACGAACCGCUGCCCAACACCCCCAACAUCCCCCUGCGGGGGCCGUUCGAAGAGGGGGAGCUCAACCACAGCGCCGGGACGUGGAGGCAACUCGAGCGAGCCCAACAGCUCGGGGCGGCGUUACCAGCUACCAGAGUGUCGGUACUGGCGCCCGCCAAGGCGCAACAAAGGCGAUGGGUGUCCAACAUCUGUCAACUGCAGGAGGAGCGGUCAGGCAGCCCGCAGUACCAAAUGAGGGGCAGAAUCCGUUGUGUAUGUGCGGCAAUGGAGCGUGCUGGUUGUGGAAAGAGCGGAUCCAUGGAAAGCGAGCAACAGCGGGGCACACGAGCGAGACGGGCUCCUGAACUCGAGAGUCUGGUCCGUGCAGAGUUCAUACCCAUCAAUCCAUUAACGCGCCAUCAAUUACCCAUGUACCCACACCGUGCAGCGGCACAGUAA